GACCAUCGUAUUCCUCUUAUCCUGAGGAACCUCAGACUGUGCGGGACGGUGCCGUCCUUCCAACAGAUAAGAGGUUUUCAUGUACGGAGUGCGGGAAGCAAUUUCUAUUUAAAUCCGGUCUUAAUGCGCAUAAAAUAUCUCAUACAAGUGAGAAGACUUAUUCCUGUCUUGAGUGCGGGAAAACUUUUUCCAAAAAGUACCGUCUUUACAGACAUCAGAUGUUUCAUUCCGGUAAGAAAACCUAUUCCUGUCCUGAGUGCGAGAAAAGUUUUCUUCAUAAAGCUUCCCUAUUCAAACAUCAGAAGUCUCACAAGGGUGAGAAGCCGUAUUUCUGUUCUGAGUGCGGGAAACGUUUUUACCAGAAGUGCGAUCUUUACAGACAUGAGAGAACUCAUACAGGUGAAAAGCCGUAUUCCUGUCCUGAGUGCGGUAAGUGUUUUUCAAGGACGUCCAAUCUUUACACGCAUCAGAGAUUGCACAUGGGGGUGAAGCCGUAUGCCUGUUCUGAGUGCGGAAAAUGUUUUUUAAAAAAAGCAGACCUUGUCACACAUCAGAGAUCUCACACAGGGGAAAAGCCGUAUUCCUGUCCUGAGUGUGGAAAAUGUUUUUCAAACACAACCAAUUUCUACAGACAUCAGAAAACUCACACAGGUGAGAAGUCACAUUUCUGUCCCGAGUGCGGGAAAUCUUUUCCAAACAAGUCCAAUUUUGACAGACAUCAGAAAUCUCACACGGGGGAGAAGCCGUUUUCCUGUCCUGAGUGCGGAAAAUGUUUUUCACAGAAGUCACAUCUUUACAAGCAUCUGAAAUCUCACACUGGGGAGAAGCCGUAUUCCUGUCCCGAGUGCGGGAAAUGUUUUUCACAGAAAGCACAUCUUUAUAAACAUCUGAAAAUUCACACGGGGGAGCAACUGUAUACCUGUUCUGAGUGCGGGAAAUGUUUUACAGAGAAGUCUCGUCUUUAUACACACCAGGUUUUGCACUUGGAUAGGAAGACCUAUUCCUGUCCUGAGUGUGAGAAAAGUUUUCUUCAUAAAUCCUCCCUAUUCAAACAUCGGAGAUGUCACACAGGGGAGAAGCCGUAUUCCUGUUCUGAGUGCAAGAAAAGUUUUUUCCAGAAGUGCGAUCUUUUCAGACAUCAGAGAACUCACACGGGAGAGAAGCCAUAUUUCUGUCCUGAGUGCGGAAAAUGCUUCUCAAGGUCUUCCAGUCUUUACAAGCAUCAGAGAUUGCACAAGGAGGAGAAGCCACUUUCCUGUCCUGAGUGAGGGAAUUGUUCCUCACUGAAGUCCUGUC